AUGACUCAGACAAGUAUUCAACCUGAUGUGGUUACAUGUAAUACUCUUAUUGAUGGGUUAUGUAGAACUGGUGAAGUGAGGUCUGCUCUUCAGCUAAGAAACAUGAUGCGGAAAUGGAACUGCAGAUCUAAUGUUGUUUCAUAUUUUGCGCUUAUAGAUGCUCUUUGCAAAGGAGGUCGGUUCAAUGAAGCAAAGAGACUGCUUGAAGAGAUGGUCAGUAGAGGAAUCUCUGCAAAUUUAACAACUUACAAUUCUAUGAAUCAUGGUCAUUACCUACAUGGUCAACGGGAAGAAGCAAGAAAAUAUUUCGAUGAAAUGAUGGAUCGAGGGACUUCACCAGAUACAAUAACUUUUAGUAUAUUAAUUAAUUCACAUUGUAAAGAUGGGAUUAGAGCUGGUCGUCUAGAAAAAGCAAUUGAACUAUGGGACUGGAUGGUGGAAAGGGGCCUUGAUCCAGAUGACUACAGCUACAGUAUGUUAAUGAAUGAGUAUCGCAAUACCCGGAGUCUGUUUUCAAUUUGUCAAAAAUGGCGACGAAUGGUUUCCAUUGAAAGUUACAAGGCUAAAGAAGAAAUCGCUUAUGCUGUCUGCAAAAGAUACUCCGUCGAAUCAGAUAUCUCAAGUGAAGGGAUUCGAAGAAAUGACAUAAAGACACUGGUAUCCAACAUUUCAAAAUUAUCAACUGCAGGAACUCUCAAAACUGAAGAGGAGGUGAUGUAA